AUGCUGGGCGAGUGGCGCGGGCCGACGAUAUCCGUGCGAACGCUUACAUCCUACGAGAUCUCGGACGAGCUCACGCGUCGGCAGCUUCAGGUUAGCAGCACUUCCUUCGUGCGCAUCGCCGAUGGCUCACCCCUUGAGGCAUUCACCUCGUCACUGGUGCUGGAACGUCGAUACGGUGGCCGGCUACGUGCGCAUACAGCUGCUACCCGUAUUCAGCGAGCGUUUCGUCAGUCACGUUUAUUGCAGCAGUGGAAACGUCUGGUGGUGCCCAUACAGAGCGGCGCGCUACGUUUAGGCCAUGACAGUGGCAGAGGAUACGGCGAUGCCUAUGGACACAGUUCCAAUUCACUGACAAAUUUGGCCAUAUCUCAGGCAUAUGGCUCUCGGUGUCCGACAGCACCGACGAGAGCUCCUUGUUCACUGCCACGUGGGGCAUUGUUGCCGAUAGAACAGGACGUUGAAGUUCCUUCGACAAUCGGCGAAAAUGGCGAUAACGCGAAACACCGAGGCGGUCCAUUUCAUCGUUCUGCGGUGGACUUUCAUUGCUGCUUGUCUGAAAAGGUAUGGAACACUAAACACAUAAUUUGCAGGAAGCCAACACGGGGUAUACAGCUUCUCAUUGAACUGGGCUUCGUCGAAGACAGCUCGCUGGCCGUUGCCAAUUUACUUUUAGGCCGUCGUGGUCUGAGCAAGCAGAUGAUUGGUGAAUACCUCGGAUACCUGCACAGCCCAUUCCAGUCGUCUGUGCUCAAACAUUUCGUGGGACUGAUUGACUUGCAUGGAAUGGAAGUGGACGUUGCACUGAGGCAUGCGCUCUCUUUUUUCCGGCUUCCGGGAGAGGCACAAAAAAUUGAACGAAUUAUGCAGGUGUUUUCCGCCCAUUAUGCCACGUGUAAUCCUGAGAAGGUUGCCCUUUUUCGUAGUGCCGAGACGUUGUUCAUACUGGCUUUUGCAAUUGUGAUGCUCAACACGGAUCUUCAUUCACCAAAUAUCAAACCGUCGCGGAAGAUGAAGCUGGACGAUUUUAUCAACAAUUUACGUGGGAUCGACGCUGGAUACGAUAUUGACAGGGCACUUCUGGUUCGCAUUUAUUGUCGCAUACGUGACUCUCCACUUCGUACUGGAUCUGAUCACGUGUCGCAAGUCCUGAAAGUCGACCAGAGCAUCGUUGGCAAGGAUAAACCUAAAUUAGUGGAGCCGUAUCGCCGAUUGGUGUGCUACUGUCGGCUAAACCAAGUAAUGGAUCGUAGCAAGCGGCAGGCUGUGAAUGCCCAUCAGCGUGAAGUUUUCCUGUUCAAUGAUCUUCUGCUGAUUUCAAAGUUGGCGUCGAAGAGGAAAUCCUGUUGUCAAUAUGUAUUGCGGUCGUGGAUAACUUUGCUUGGAGUUCGUGUCGAUUUGUUCGAAGCGCCUUUUUAUGAACACGGUAUUACAAUCAGCUCCGCGGACGGACAGGAAAUUCAUCUGAAUUCGAAAAGUGGUGAAGAUAGGUAUCGCUUUGUGGCCGAUGUGAGGGAGUCAGCGGCUGAAUGUGCUGAGAUGGAAGCAGUGAGGAUCGAAAUAGAGCUGGACAAGCAUUCACUGAUUAGCCGUAACGAUGGCCAACGUGAACGCGCUCCUUCCGAUUCAUCCCAGAAUAUUGCAAAUUGUGUUAUUAACGCAUCUCCUCAACAAGCUCUUUGUUCCGUUCGUCGCCUUAGUUUCAAUUCAUUCGAUAGCGGUGUGGUUGAGGAGAGCUGCGAAUCAUUUUCCCAUUCAGCUUUGUCGCCUGUUACGUCCUUCCUAACUUCAAAACACCUCGAGGCUGCUAUUUAA